AUGGAUGUUCAAUCAUCCUUAUCAGGGUACACACUCACAGUUCAACUCCCGGACCAUAUUAAACACGAAAUGGUGACUAUUUCGGUACUGAAGGGAAACAAACUAAAAGUCAUCGCGGAUGCGUGGCAUAUGGAAACAGAGUGUCACUAUGAAUGGGUCAUUAAUUUCCCUCCUCAUGACAUCGACAUGGGUGGCGUUCAUGCCCAACUCGAUCCCAGUGGCCUGUUGGCCAUUGACGUGUGUCGUCGGCCACGCCAUCAUGUCUAA